AUGGACGACGGAAGCCAGUCACACGAGUCUGAUAUCUACGCUGUUCUGAUGGAUCGGUUUCAUAGUCUCCAAGCCAGCCACGAGAAACUCAAAGAACAGUUCAAUAUUCUCCUGCAAGAAAAGAGCAUUGCCGGUGGAUUUGGAAGUACAAGUAGUAGAGUUGCACGAGUGAGAAACUCGGUGGAAGAAGUUAUGAAUAUGCAAGAAGAUUCGUCAGGUGAGUUGGCGGGGGAAGAUUCCAGCUGGGCUAGCUAUAUUCAUGGAGCUUACUAUUCAGGGAGUCCGUACAAGAACGUGUUAGAGUGCAUGGGUCAUGCAGUUCAUAUCAGUCGAGCUGGCUCUGAAGAGAUCAUUUACUGGAAUUCAUCUGCUGAAAAGCUCUUUGGAUACAAAGACUACGAGGUAUUGGGACAAAGAGAUGCAGUGCUGAUCAUUGAUGAAAAGCGUCAUGCAUUGGCGCGGAAAAUCAUGGACAGGUUGAGCUUUGGACGGUCUUGGGCAGGUCAGUUUCCUUUCAAGAAGAGAUCAGGCCAGAUCUUUGUGGCAAUAGUUACGAAAAGCCUGCUGUAUGAGGAUGGCGAGCUUGUUGGCACCAUCACUGUUUCAAGUGAUGCAGCUGUCUUUAAUAAUCUACAUUUAGAAAAUACAAGAGUAGGCCAAGACCCUACUGAUGGUAAAUCUAGAGGACGAGGAAUAAAUCAGAAAAGAAUCCAGUUGCGUGCACAACCACAGAUUGCAUCAUCUGUUUCCAAUCUGGCCUCAAAAGUAUUAUUGCGGAAGCAUGAAGACAGUGGAUCUGAUGGAAGUUCCAAUAUUAGGGAAAAGGAGCAAAAUGAACUGGACAAUGCAUAUCUAAAAUCUGAGAGGCCACCUAGAGCACCAGCCGAAAAGGUAUUAGCGAAGCUUCACAUUGGGGGUAUUGCCAAUCUUAAUAAGAACAAAGAUGCAGUUGUCCAAUGUAACAGCUUGAAUGGUAUGUCAUGCAGCAAAGUAUUGGUCGAGUCAUCUUCACCUGGAGCACCACAAGCAACACAAGCAACUAGCUCACAUAACGGUAUUGUUGAUGAUGUGAAUCACAAUGAAGAACAUGUUAUAAAAGGUGUCUCUUCUGCAGCAAAAGGAUUGUCGAGAAGAUCACUAACAAUAUCUGAUGAUUUGACAGAGGACUUGUAUCCUAUAACUGCACCUGUCCGAGUUUCAGAACAGUUGCAGACGUCAGACUUGCAAGACUUGAAUACAAAUGGGCAGAAUUUGGAAAUGGAGAUUGAGGAUACACUACAACCUCAACCAGAUAUUCAACGGUUCCCGAACUCAAGGGAGGAUAGUGGAAGCAGCAUUGGUAGUCCAUCAAGCAAAGGUGAUGAUGAAUCAAACUUGAUUGUACAUUGUGAAAUCCAUUGGGAAGACCUGCAAUUACGAGAGCAAAUUGGCCAAGGUUCAUUCGCUGUUGUGUAUCGUGGAAUCUGGAAUGGAUCAGAUGUUGCAGUUAAGGUUUAUUUCGGGAAUGAAUACAAUGACCAGACUCUACUCAGUUACACUCAAGAGCUUUAUAUAAUGAGGACACUGAGACAUCCAAAUGUGCUGUUGUUCAUGGGGGCAGUAUGCUCACAAGAAAAACUGGCUCUGGUAACAGAAUAUUUGCCAAGGGGAAGUCUCUUUAAAGCACUACACAAAAGUAAUCAGCAAUUAGACAUCAGACGUCGUCUGAGGAUGGCUCUUGAUGUGGCAAGAGGUAUGAACUAUUUGCAUCACAGAAACCCACCAAUCGUACAUAGAGAUCUCAAAUCUUCAAACCUGCUUGUCGAUAAGAGCUGGAAUGUCAAGGUUGGAGACUUUGGCCUGUCAAAAUUGAAGAAUGCGACCUUCUUAACAAACAACUCUGGGAAAGGAACGCCUCAGUGGAUGGCUCCCGAAAUCCUUCGAAGUGAACCUUCAACGGAAAAGUCAGAUAUCUACAGUUUUGGAGUCAUACUGUGGGAACUGAUGACUGAAUCCAUACCAUGGAAGAACCUGAACUCGUUGCAGGUUGUCGGAAUUGUCGGCUUCAUGGACCGCAGACUGGACCUUCCAGUAAACCUUGAUCCCGAAAUUUCAUCCAUCAUCCAUGACUGCUGGCACAGCAAACCGGAAAACCGUCCAUCAUUUCAAGAUAUUAUCCAGAAAAUAACAGAUUUAAUUCAAACUGGGCUUUAA